AUGCUCCUCGGUAAGAGUGGUGCUCGGCCAACUCCAUCUCAGCCCUUUGGAUCACCAUUGCGUCCUCCGUCUAUUGGAAAAAAGAGCAAGAAUGAUGCACAAAUGGGAAACGAGCCGGUUGGUCACAACAAUAAACUCAAGAAUCUUCUGAUCGUCGGUCAAGCGAAUAGUCAUCACUCGGAGGUUGGCCCGGAUCUUCAGCAUUUGUAUGAACCCAAAACUACCUCUCCAUCAAUUGCCCCAAUUGAAUACAAUGUAUCAAUGUUCUCAUUAUCAUUUUAUGCACCAUCAUUUCCUUUGGCGCCGUUGUUUGCUCCAGUACUCGGACACGAAUAUCAACUAUGGAAUUAUUACGGAAACAGCCCCAUCUACAACUUGAAUGUUGCUCAAGAACCGAGCAUGCCGAUUUCUUCCCAAACAUCGAAUGAUGUCGUCAAUAUCCUGGAGGUACUAGGCGUCAACCAGUUGACGAGCCCCGAAUCAAAGUUUCCUUCUGCUUCUGUUUCGCCGUUUUCGCAAACUUCAUCCGGCACCACAACUGCUUCGGACGUUGAUAUCAGUUACUCUCCUUUUCCGAUCCCAUCUUCCGGUGCUAUGAACUCAGUAAAUGAAGAGGAUAAGGGAGAAAAAGGCAUUGAAUUGAUUCCUGAAUUUGAAUGCGCGAGACUGAAAUAA